GACAUUGACAUCAACAUCCGCGGGUAGCCGCUGGAAUUCAAAGUUCAAUCUCGGUUCAAAAUUUGAUAAAGUAGAUAAGAAAAUGUUUUGAGAUAACUUGUAGUAAGUGUUGGGCUCAGUCGCGUUACACAUGUGAUGCUUCUGUUAUUAUAUUGUGAUAUUUUAUAAACAUGGGUGUUAAGAGAAAGGGUGUACUCGAAUUGGUCUCAGGUUGGGCGGCAAUAGAACUAUUAUUUCAGUGUGUUUAUAUUGGAUUGUGGCAAUUACUGCAUCUCGCUGCACGAAGGUUAUGGAAAGGACAUCGUAGAAAAUUAUCCAAUAACAAUCCACCGGUAGAAUUGACCGUGGACUCGUCAAUUGGAAUUCAUUGCUAUAUUAAAAUUAUGGGGGUUAAAUACCACUAUGUAGAGACUGGACCUCGGACGGGCCAAGUCAUAUUAAUUCUCGGGGAUGCCCCAGAUACUGGGAACCUAUGGGUUCCAUCCUGGUCUUCUGUAGUUCGGAGGCUAGCUGAAAAUGGUUACCAUGUGAUAACAUUGGACCUUCGAGGGUCUGGAGGCAGUGAGAGUGGGGACAGACGGGAUCUAUCUCCACCCAGAGCUGUGGAAGAGCUGGCGGGACUGUUGAAAGCUGUAGGAGUGUCGGAAGGCUGUCCAGCUAUUGUUAUUGGCUUUGGAAUUGGAGGUUUGCUUACCUGGUAAGUUAUAAAACUUAAGUAUAAACUUGCUUAAUGGUUUCUU